CUGGAGAAAUUAUUAUUCAGACUCCAAAAAGGAAUGCUCUCUACAAUAUCACUGCAUUGCAACAUAAUAAAUGCCGGCAAACAAUAUCUCCUCAACUGACAUUUCACGGAUGAUGCUGAGAGUUUGUUGGAGCCUGCUAUGAUCUAUCUUAAUUGUUUCUUUAAAGUACAUUCAUCUAGCUUCCCACCAGAUUUCACAUAAAAGCACUGAGCACAUUGAACAGACUUCAACAAUGUCAUUUCUUUGGUCAAAUCAAUGUUCUCUAUCGCCUCACGCGUCCAUGGAACAUUGAUUCAACUGUUUUCUCAGAAUGUGCUAUAUAAGGCUGGGGAUUUGUCUUGCUGCAGAAAGAUUUUCUGCUAGUUUUGUAUUUGGAGAUUCUCUAGUGGAAGCUGGUAACAAUAACUACAUUCAGUCACUUUCUAAAGCCAAUUACCCUCCGAAUGGAAUUGAUUUUGGAAAGCCAACAGGGCGAUACACAAAUAAUAGAACUAUAGUAGAUAUUAUAGGACAGCAGGUGGGGUUUAAAGAUUUUACUCCUCCUUACUUGGCUCCGACCACUAGGGGAGCUGUGAUUCUGAAGGGUGUCAAUUAUGCAUCUGGUGGUGGAGGAAUUGUUAAUGAGACAGGAGCUCUUUUUGUUGGUAGAAUCAACUUUGAUGCGCAGAUUGACUACUUUGCUAAUACCAGACAAGAUAUAAUCUCCCAGAUAGGCGCUCCUGCAGCAGCACGGCUAUUGGAAACCGCUCUUUUCUCCAUUACAAUUGGUUCAAAUGAUUUCUUAAACAAUUACUUGGUGCCUGUGGUUACAGAAGUCAGGCGGAGAAUAGACCCUCCAGAGGUUUUCAUUAACACCUUGAUUUCAAGAUACAGAGUUCAGCUCACGAGACUGUAUAAUUUGGGUGGCCGGAAGUUUAUUGUCCCAAAUGUAGGGCCACUAGGGUGCACACCAUAUCAAAGGGAUGUAAACCUAAUAAUAGGGGACAACUGUGCUACCAGGGCGAAUCAGAUCGUGCAAUCAUUUAAUCGCCAGUUAAAGAGUCUUCUUACAGAGCUUACAGCUAAGCUUAGUGGAUCAACAUUUCUUUAUGCUAAUGUUAACCACAUUUUUGUUGACAUCCUUCAAAACUACAAAUCAUAUGGCUUUGAGAAUGCAAACUCAGCAUGCUGCUUUUCUGCAGGGCGUCGUGGCGGUAUAAUCCCUUGUGGUCCUGGUCCAUCUGCAGUUUGUCCAGACAGGUCUAAGUAUGUAUUUUGGGAUGCAUAUCAUCCAAGUGAUGUUACUAAUUCCAUCCUCGCCAAGCGUUUAAUGGAUGGCAAUACUGACGACAUUUCUCCAUUUAAUCUCAGACAAUUAGCUCAGCUCUAGCUCUGAGGAUACUUUUUCUAUCAUGUUGAUCAUUAAAAGAAAUUACUUGAACUA